GUAAUAUACGUCGUAUCUCCGAAUAUGAAUCCUUCUCGGGCGGAUCCGCUUUUACUCGAGGAUGCCAAAAACUCUCUUCUUGAUUCGUAUAGAUCAAUGUUAAACGCGUUUUGGGCCUUAAAAAACGGGAAACCGUAUAUACCAAAAAUGAAAGGAUCCGAAAAACCGUCGAUAUUCGAAAUGAUGAUGAGCUCUGCACGCGAUAUUUCCACCAAGUCGACCGACAAAAGAUCGAAAUCCAUCGCCAUCAAGCCAUCGUCAUUUCGUUCGGAGCAUUGGUCAAAUGUGUUAUCACGUUACUGCGAUUAUCCCGAAACUUUAUCUGCUGAAGAAUUAUAUUAUCAUGAUGACGAUUUUGUCAUAAUUUGGGAUAAAUAUCCAAAAGCCAAAAAACAUCUUCUGGUGAUGCCAAGAAAAAAGAUUGACGGUGUCGGAGAAUUGAAGAGACAGCAUUUGGAGUUGGUCAGAAAUUUGAAAGAAAAAGGACAAUGGGUUGCUGAGAGAUUAAAAGAAAUCGACCCAAAUCUCUCGUUCCGUGUAGGAUUUCAUGCUAUUCCCAGUAUGAGACAGCUUCACAUACACGUGAUUUCUCAAGAUUUCAUCUCUCCCUCGUUGAAGAAUAAGAAGCAUUGGAAUUCAUUUACAACUCCAUUCUUUAAGGAAGUCGAUGAGAUCGAAAAUUUAUUGAACGCAAAAGGUGAAAUCAAGUUUGACAAGAACUAUUAUGAAAGUUUGUUGUCCAUGCCGUUGAGCUGUCACUUGUGUAACGAAGAGGAUAUAAAAAAUAUUCCAACGCUGAAGAGGCAUUUGGAAGAACACUGGAACAGAAAAAUCAAUGGAUUAACCGAAUAA